UUCUAAAAGGGAGUAAGAGAAAGAGACAAAUCAAUAUAAUAUAAUAAAUCAACAAUUGUACACAUUGUGCAUUUAAUAAUGAAUUCUAAAUCAUCUGUUGAAUCUGUUAACUGUGCAAAUAAUCAAGUUGCUACAAGUUCAAAUCGUCCUGAAGCGAAAUCACGGGAGCCUAAAUCUCGGGAAGAAGAUCAAUAUUAUUUACCAGGAAAAUCACUUUGCAUUGCUCCUUUGCCUAAAACUAUAUCGCGAGAGGAUUUAGCGAGAUUCCUCCGCCAGUUUGGACCAAUCAAAAGGGAACGUUAUGGACGGAAUUCCUUAUGGAUUGAGUAUUUUGAUAGUGCACCUGUUAAUGUUUUAAUGAGCAAGUCAAAUUGGUUUCCAAAUGAAAAAUUAUGUCUGAAAAGAAUUAAGAAAAAUAGAGAAAACUCGAGUUUCAACACAGGAAAGAAAGCUAAUACACCAAAUAAAACUCAGGAAGAAGAAGAUCCGAUAAGUUAUGAUCGUAUAAAGGGCAAUGUUGAAACUGAAGUGAUAUUUGAUGGCCAAUUAGCAGCGCUUUUAAAUACAAUACAGCUUACUGAAUUCGAAUUAUUAACCCGAUAUGAUGUCAUUUGCACUCAUUUGAAUGAGAUAUUCAGAUCAGUUUUUCCAGAAUGUCAAACAUAUACAUUUGGUUCGACAGUGGCUGGAUUGAGUUUUAAAGAGAGUGAUUUAGAUAUCUACAUGUAUGUUGGUCAAAUUGGUUUACCACCGGCUUGUCAAAGACCGGAUGUGUCACCGUUUAUGCUAACGUUAACAAUCUUCAAGAGAGUGAGGACAAUUAUGUACAGCAUGAAAUCUGUCUUUUCCAAUAUAAUACCGAUUCCUAAAGCAAAAACACCUAUUAUAAAGUUCCGUUACAUACCGACUAACGUCUCCUGCGACAUUUCCUUCAAGAAUAGCUUAGGUAUUUAUAAAAGUAAUUUCUUACGAUAUUGUGUAUCGCGCGAUUUUCGAUUACGACCAUUAAUGCUGCUCAUCAAGUAUUGGGCGAGGCAUUUCGGGAUUUCCGGUGUCGGAAAGAUAUCUAGUUAUGGAUUAGUGUGUCUGAUUAUCUUUUACCUUCAGCAAGAAUCGGUCGGUCUUCUUCCGCCUUUAUUACACCUUCAAAGAGCUUGCGUACCGCAAAUUAUAAACAGAUGGCAAGUGAAUUUUAACGAAAAUACCGUAUUACCACCUAUUAGCAAUAACAGUAGUAUCGCAGAGCUGUUUCACAAUUUCUUCUUCUUCUACGCCACGUUUCAAUUCAAUUCUUGCGUGAUAUGUCUGCUGGAUGGGAAAACAUAUUCGACGGCAGAGUUUGUACAGGUAGACAAGUUGCCCGAUUACAUGGAUAGAUAUAAGAGUUGCGUUAUGGAGAAUAGUGCCAAGAAAUUAGAUGUUAACAAACCGUUAUGCCUUCAAGAUCCGAUUGAACUUAAUCAGAACACAGCUGCGAUCACAUCGGACCGCGCAUUAAUAGCGUUUCAACAUUGUUGCGUGUUUACUGCCGAUAUCUGUGCAGCCGCUAGAGUAAAUGAUUACGAGAAUGUAUUGAAAACGUUAUUUAGUACGGUACCACCUCAAUUGAUACCAACGAAGAAGAGGAAAUCGAAGUUUAAGAGUACGAUACGAGCAGGUCGUUUCCUUCUUGCUGGAUUACCAGAGGAUUUUGAGACACGUACGGACAUCCCUGACAAGGAACAGUAUAAGAAGGAUAAUUGGUACUUUAUGAUUUUUAAUCUAAUAAGAGAUGUCUUCGAGAUGAUUUUUAAAUUAGAAGUCGAGAUACUCCUCGAUUCGGAAACAAAGCAGCAAAAAGUUGAAGCAUUAUCUGACGUACAUAUUAGGAAUAAUCAGAAAAUAAUGUUCCAUUGUACUGGUAAUAAAUGUGUAUGGUACAACAGAAAGAAAAAUAAUAGAACUCUGUUGGAUGUUCAAUUGAGUCUUCUGGAGAAAGAGGCCAUCAUGUCGGAUAAGGUGCUGGAACAGUUGAACGAUGCGGCGAGGAACAUCAAGUUAAAUUUUAUAUGUACAUUAGAAAAAGCGGAUAAUCCUGUGGCUGUAAUUAUAAUACUAAAUGACGAGGACAGUCAGAAUCAUGUCUUUCGACAAUUCGAGUGCUUCGUAAACAGUUGGAUACCAAAAAUAAUAGAGAAAACGUUGCUACAUAUGUUACAAUUCAAAAAGACUUACGGCGAAUUGCUGUACCACAAGAAACCGUGAUGGUCCUGCGCAUAUAUGUGUAAAAAUUACAUAUGCCUUUUAUAUGCACAUAUGGACCAAAAAUUAACAGUACUUUAUAUUGUAAUUAACAGUACUUGAUCAUUGUAAUUUUUCU